AUGCCUCUGAGAUCUCGAGACCAGCUCACAAUCGAAAAAAGUCCAGCCUAUUUCCAUAGCAAGAGUGCUGCUGAGCGAAUACGUGCCUUGAAUCCGACUAUGAAAAUCAUCAUAGUAGUACGAGACCCUGUGAUGAGGGCAAUAUCAGACUAUACGCAGGCUUUUUCGAAGAGGAAGUCGUUCGGCAUGAUGCCAACGUUCGAAGAAAUGGCCGUUGGCGAUUGUGCACCAUGGCUUCGGACAAAUUGCUCCUCAAAAGUCGACGGCGUCAACGCUGGAUGGGGUGCAAUUCGGAUAGGGGUGUAUCACAAGCACAUGAAAAGAUGGCUGGACAAUUUUCCAAUGGACCAAAUCCACAUCGUCGAUGGAGAGCGACUAGUUACCGAACCUGCUUUGGAAAUCAGCCGGACUGAACGCUUUCUGGGAUUGAAACCAGUUGUGAAGCCAGAAAACUUCGGCGUCGAUCCAAUUAAAAAGUUUCCUUGUGUGCGACGUUCCGAUGGCACCCUACAUUGCUUGGGCAAAACGAAAGGAAGAAAACAUCCCGUGGUUCACCCUGACGUUCUCCGAAGAUUGAAACGAUUUUACGAAAGCGAGAACCGCAAAUUUUUCCAGCAAAUCAAUCGUGCAUUUACGUGGUAG